CCGGCGGAGUGGCUGCGCCCGGAGAGAACUCUUUCCAGGACGGAGAGGGUGAACGUCGACAGGCGCUUCGGCAGGACUCAAGGCACCGGGGGCAAGGACCAGGCUGAGGCGUCUGCAGCUGGGGGACAGCAAUCAGGGACAGAGGACGCCAAGGAAAAGUGAGAGCAGAAGCUUGGGGGUGAGCAAAAGAGCCCCACUCGCGGCUUUUACGCAGGCUGGGGACUCCAUUUAUUCCUUCCGGGCUGGCCAGGUAAGUGCUACGUCAGCUUUAGGUGACCAGACGACGCCACUGCCCCUUAAGUCGACUAGAGUCCUCAGCACCUGUCUAGGGCUGCAGGAGAGGCUGUGGUCAUGGUGAAUGAAGAGCCUAACCAGCAAGAGCGCGAUGGCACCGCUUCGCAGACUUCCGCCCUCGGGGAGAACCCCAGCCUCUCGGCCCAUCCCAGCGUCUCAGCCCGUCCAAGCGUCUCCAUCCACCCCAGUGUCUCCGCGCACCGCAGUAGUUCGGCCCACCCCAGUACGUUGGCUCAGCCCAGUGGCUCGGCCCACCCCAGUAGCUCGGGCCCGGAGGACCUUGGCGUGAUCAAGGUGAGCAAGCGCCGAUGGGCUGUGGUCCUGGUGUUUAGCUGCUACUCCAUGUGCAACGCCUUCCAAUGGAUCCAGUACAGCUCCAUCAAUAACAUCUUCAUGAACUUCUACGGGGUCAGUGCCUUUGCCAUCGACUGGCUGUCCAUGUGCUACAUGCUGACCUACAUUCCUCUGCUCCUGCCGGUGGCCUGGCUCCUGGAGAAGUUCGGCCUGCGCACCAUCGCCCUCACCGGCUCCGCUCUCAACUGCCUGGGGGCCUGGGUGAAGCUGGGCAGCCUGAAGCCGCAUCUCUUCCCAGUCACCCUGCUGGGCCAGGUCAUCUGCUCCGUGGCCCAGGUCUUCAUCCUGGGCAUGCCCUCCCGCAUUGCUUCUGUCUGGUUCGGGGCUAAUGAGGUGUCAACAGCCUGCUCCGUAGCUGUCUUUGGCAAUCAGCUUGGAAUUGCCAUUGGGUUCUUGGUCCCUCCUGUCUUGGUACCCAACAUCAAAGACCAGGACAAGCUUGCCUACCACAUCAGCAUCAUGUUCUACAUAAUAGCAGGUGUGGCCACUCUGCUUUUCAUCCUUGUCAUCAUCGUAUUCAAGGAGAAGCCGAAACAUCCCCCCAGCAGGGCCCAAUCCCUGAGCUAUGCCUUGGCGUCCCCUGAUGCUUCAUACUUAAGUUCCAUCGUCCGACUCUUCAAAAACCUCAACUUUGUGCUGCUUAUCAUCACCUAUGGUCUGAAUGCUGGUGCUUUUUAUGCCUUGUCCACUCUGCUGAAUCGCAUGGUGAUCUUGCACUACCCGGGCGAAGAAGUGAAUGCUGGAAGAAUCGGCCUGACCAUCGUCAUUUCAGGAAUGCUUGGGGCUAUGAUCUCAGGUAUCUGGCUGGAUAGGACCAAAACCUACAAGGAGACAACUUUGGUGGUCUACAUCAUGGCUCUGGUGGGCAUGGUGGUUUACACGUUGACCUUGAACCUGGGACACCUGUGGGUAGUGUUCAUCACGGCUGGUGCAAUGGGCUUCUUUAUGACUGGCUACCUCCCGCUGGGAUUUGAGUUUGCUGUGGAGCUGACAUACCCAGAAUCAGAAGGCAUAUCGUCUGGCCUCCUCAACAUGUCUGCCCAGGUAUUCGGGAUCAUCUUCACCAUCUCCCAGGGCCAGAUUAUCGACAACUAUGGAACCAGGCCUGGGAACAUCUUCCUGUGUGUGUUCCUCACCCUUGGAGCCGUCCUCACUGCGUUCAUUCGGGCAGAUCUCCGGAGGCAGAAAGCAAACAAAGAAACUCCUGAGAAUGUUGUUCCCGUAUUUCACAGCCAGAUCCUUGUCCACGAGGACCAGAAACCCGCGGAGGAGGAGGAGGAGGAGGAGGAGGAGGAGGAGAGCAAAACCAGCAAAGCCCCCACUAGUGUACUGGAGGAGCACCUCUGAGAGAGAAAGGUGGUGGGACUCAGGGAACACGGACCACGCCCACCUCUUCAGCCAGCACAGCUCUCCCUGCCAGCACCACGGGCUUCCCCGGAGCAGCUUUUGGAGGGAACCAGGGGGCAUAGCUGGGGCUUGGACAGCAGUGCCUCCGCCUGGAACCCACCGCAGAGCUGGUGUCAUCUGCCUGGGGGAGACUGCAGUUUUCACCACAUGCCGAUCGGCUCCCCGCCCCUCCCCACGUAGGUCUGGCAGCUGGUGGGUGGGGGCAGAGGGAAUCCUGGAGUCAGUCCUGGCCUGCUGCCUUGCCUUCCCUCCACCCCAUCCCGCAGGAGAGAGCCUGCCAAUUAUCACGGAAAGCAAGCUUACUCUGGAGGUUAACUUUUUCUAGUGUCUUCAGACCCUUAGGAGCCCAAUUCUAAGGGGCGGCAGCUGCUCUGGACGAGGGUCAUUCUUGGGCCACCAGACUGACCGCUAACGUUCGGAGGGAGAGAAAACACCAUCAGGACAAACCCCUCAGGACUCUGGGACCAGGUUCUCCCGGCUCAUGUUGGCGUCUGUCUCCAAACCCUCUUUCCCAAGAGCUGAUAAAACCAAACAUCAGUAAACUUGACAAAAACUUUGCUGUGGCUGUUAAGGGGAAGCCGAUUUCAGAGAGUUGACCUUCUCAGGAUGUGAGGGUGCUUACGAAUUUGGGGACUCUGGUCCCCAAAUGAUUUAGGAAUGGAAAGGUUCUUUUCUAAAAAAGAUGUCCUGGCCUAGGGCCUUGUGUGUGUGUCACUGUCACCUCUGCUGCUGUCAUCUGGACGCUGCCCACGUGUUCUCCAGAGGGAGGGCAAGCCCAGCCAACUAACUGCCUGUACCCUUUAGUGAAAACCAACCUGGAUACCUUCCCCCCCUGCGAACUCCAGAACGCUUCUGAGAGAUGAAAGGGGCAGCAGGUGGCCACUGAACGGGACUCGGGUCUGCUGGGUUAGAGAAGUGCAUUCCAUCUCUGAUGGGGACAGUAUUUGCAUCCCCACCUCUCCCCUCACCCCCUUCUUUAAUAGCAAUAAUUUUUUCUCAGAUGUUCUGAAUUUAAAGAGAUUCCCUUUCAAUCAGCCCUAGCUGACCUCUCCUGCUUUGCCUGCUGUCUGGCUCUACCCAUGGGCUUGGGUAGUAUUUCCAAAAAUAAGAUGUUUUGGUCAUUUCUCCUGUGCGUUGAGUUCCGGGAUCAUGACCCCUAUGCUGCCCCGGCCUCAGCAUAUUGGAGCAGCCUGUGUGGCAGCGGUGCUGGGGUACUUGAGCCACUGCCCAAGGGGAGCCAAGUGUGUGUGUCUGUGUGUGUGUGUGUGUCUCUGUGUGUGUCUGUGUGUGUGUGUGUCUGUGUGUACAGAUAUUCUGUACAUAAUAAAAGAAGUUCACACUUCUGGUGGGAGGACUGAGGUAGGGGUGGAGGGGAGGUGGAGAGUGAUGGUGCCUUUUUGAUAAAGAGUGUUUACUCUUCAGUCCCUUAAAAUGUAUCAACAAAAUGUUUACUGAAACCAUUGAUUUAUUUAAAAAACAUAAUUAGUAUUUUCUACUUGUUAAUGUCAGAUAUUUUAAGGCAAUAAAAGAUUCUCCAUGUGGUCUGCCUUGUCAUUUAUUGGGGCAGAGAUGGCUUUGGUGGCGGGAGCGGGCUGGAGGGGCAGGGGCUCGGGGUAGAGGAGGAGCUCCUGUGGGCUCCGUACCCUGGAAGGUGGUCUUCUGCUGACACAGAUACUGCCAUCCUAGUGGGUGAGUUUUAAAAGAUGAGGCUGCAGAGGUGACAGCUGGCCUUUGUGGGGGACUGCAGCUCGACGUCUGACAUGUGACUGGGACUGCUUUCCCUACAGCAUCCACGCACAGACGGUUCACCUGAGUGUGCCUGCUGCCCAGAGAGCCCACUGUGGCUUCUGGCUCUGCCUCAAAGGGUGGCUGGAAUGUUUGUUCUAUAAUCAGAGCAGUCACUCACCAGGUCGUGCUGGCCGGAAUCCAGUUGUUUUGUCAUUUGCAGUUCUUCUGAAUCAUCCCCCUUCCUGCCACUCUUCCCUUUGCGAUUGCAUUUACCUUAUGCGUGUUACGUGAGUGGGCUGCAACGAUCAGUUUCCUGGACAUUUCUUCUUUAGAGAGUUGCACUGUGUCUGUGGCAUUCUGGCUCCGUAUCUGUUAGCAGUUCUUAGGUGGAGAGACAACAUUAUGAUUCCACUUUAAACCACCUGGGAAGGGAGCCAAGCCUGGGCUGUCGUCAGAGAAAUCUUAUACUCAUAGUGUCUGCCAAAUACUCUGUAUCAUUUCUUUAGAUGCUUCGGGAUCUUGUCUUUAUUUAUCUGGAAUCAUGUUUCUGUGGUGCAUGCCUAGAGGAUCCACAUCAUCUUAUGCUUUCAUUCAUUCCUUUCUUAGGUGGGCUCCCUGUGGACCUCAAAUGUUAACUCUCUGUAAGAUCAUUCCUUUUCUUACUGCCUCCUACAAUAGCUGGUAAGGGAAAGAUGGUUUGUACCACUGAGCUGUUUUUCCAGGUGGGGACGUGAGGCCUGGAAUCGUAACAACCACUUUUGGCACCAUAAUCAUCAUAAAGGAAGCCAGCCUGUGGAUGAAGCCAAUGUAGGAGGGCAGAGCCAAAAGAAUCCCAGAGAAAUAGAGCUCAGUCCUGAUCAAGCCAUUCCUGAAGCCUAUAAUCCUCUUUUCAGUUUUGUGAGCCAAUGUUACCUUUAUUAGUUCAGCUAGUUUAGGGAAGAUUUUCACCUGAAGAGCCUUAACUGACUGAGAAUUCCCAACUGAAGUGUCAACUUCAAGCUUCCUGUCAGGCCCUCACAAGCCCCCUGCCUCCCUUCCAACUCCUACCUUCCACUCCCUAACCUCACCAUCCUGUAGUUAGUGAUCGUAGGCCUUCAACAAGACUAGAUGCUGCUCCCUCUGCCCUAAAUGCCCACCUCACAUCUUAAGACAUAUGAUCCCUGCGAUUCAAGUCUCAACUCAGAUCCCAACUCCUCAGGGAGGCUUUUCCCGAUGAUCUAAGUUGUGCACCUCCCUCCUGUUCCUGAUCACAGUGCCUUGUUUCCUAGAGUUCUUAUCACUGUCUGGAGUUGUUCUUUCAGGUAUGGGCUUGUUGAUAAGUCUGACUCCUUGACUACAGGGACAUUGCCUGGGUCGUUCAUCUGUCUUUCCCAAGUGUCCGGCAGGCAGUAAGUGUUCAAUAAACACUUGUUGAAAUAGCGAAUGGGCUCUCGCAUCUAUAUGCUGUGCAUGAGGGCCCAGCCAGUGUGGAGGUGCUCGGGGUUGUGUUUGGAUGGCAGCAGUCUGCUCCAGUGCCUUGUCCUGGGGCCCCAGUGUUCUUUUCAUGGUCAUACAGCUGUUUCUUCUAUGCUGCUUGGUUCUGCUUUCUCAAGAAUCUGUUUCUUCCUUGGGAAGAAAACAAGAGAGGGUCCUGGCUGUUCAGUUGUGAACUCAGAAUCUUGAAGGUGGGGAUGGAGAGGAGGAAGGUUUGACUUCACAAGAAAUGAGCAAGAGACAAAAGGCAGCCAGGUUUGCCUGGGUCUUGAGUUGUCCUACUCAUGGUAUAUUUGAUCAGCA